GCAUUCUCGCGCACCGGUAUUGCGGAGUUUACAGCAGCUGCAUGAAGCCGUGAAGUGAAAGAGGAACGAGGGAACGUUGAAGCGGAAAGCUGCCGUUUUUGUUGAUUUGUACUAUCAGGAAGCACCCAGCUCUGAAGGUGCCGCUGUCCCUCCACAUCUGGUCCUGGGUCUCGUCAGCAUUGGCCCUUUAAUUCACUGCAGUUUGAAGUCCUGAAGACAGGGUAAUGGAGGCCGGUCCAUUCAGCCGCAAGCAGUGGGCAUCGCAGUCGCUCCGCAUCACUGCCAGGGAGCUGUCUCUGGUCGGCACUCGUGGUCAGAGCAACGCCAUCGCAGAGCGCUUCUCCAAAUACCAGAAAGCUGCAGAACAAACAAACUUGGAGAAGAGGAAAAUGAGUACUGAAGCCUUGCCCCCCUCUUUCCGCUCUGGCAACUUAAGCGUACUAAAGAAGCGUUGGGAGCAGCCCUUGCUGAAGGAUAAGCCCGUGCCCCCCCCCGCCGGGUUGAGCUCCCGACCCCAAGCCAGUACCGAUCAUGGGGUGGUGCCAGAGGGUCCGCCAGUGGCGAAGCCCUCGACCCCAGCAGCUUGCAGCGCUGACCAGCGAGACCCGGGACCGGCCAAGACGGCACCGCAGCCCCCCAUCCUCCAGAGGAGGCCGUCAAAGCAGGCUGCGGAUGUGGUCAGAGAGACCAAGGUCACCUCAGCCCCCAGAACACUGGUCCGGAAGCCCAGUGUGCCCAUGGAAGACCUGAAGAUGGUGUUCGAGCAAGGGCGAGGGCCACGGACCGAACCGAGCACGGAGGGCGUGAGGAGAAGCAACAGGAGUAGCAGCAGCACCUCCGAGGACGUGGAGCGGCUGGGAGCGGGAUCGCGUAGCCCAGUGCAGAAGCUGCCAAAAGCAGAGGAACAUUUGGGGGUCCAGGGUGUGUUGGAGUCCUCAGACAAGGACGGCAUGACCAAGUCCCAGGCGGCAACAGCCCAGCGGGAACCAGCCACCCCUCCAAGCAGUAGCCCGUCCUCUGAGCUCAUUUCUCGAGAGGAUCCCCCAUUCCACAACGGCAUGGAAACGGAAUCCCAGUCCAAGGCAGUACGGAAGUUCUGCUUGCCUGUACGGGAGACUUGUGUGGCAUGUUUGAAGACCGUGUAUCCCCUGGAACGCCUGGUGGCUAAUCAGCAGAUCUUCCAUAAAGCCUGCUUUCGUUGUACACACUGCUGCACCAAACUGAGUUUGGCAAACUACGCUUCCUUGCACGGCAAUAUCUACUGCAAGCCACACUUCAACCAGCUGUUCAAGGCCAAGGGGAAUUACGACGAGGGAUUUGGCCACCGUCCACACAAGGAGCUGUGGGAGGGCCACCCUGAGGAUGAGGCUGAAGGCAGUGGGGAGCAGGCGAAGGAGCAGGGAGUGGAGCAUGGCAGAGACACUCAAGUCAACCAGCAGCAGAACCCACUGGUGGAAGACGCUCCACUGGCUAAGGUCAAUGUCCUGGCGGCCACACUGGAAAUAAAGACACAUCCCACCAUGCAGGGGGAGAAGCCAGCCUUCGAGAAACCUGCAGAGACCAGAAGGCUCAAGAUCGCCUGGCCACCAACAUUGGAAGAGGACCAGGGCUCCGGGAGCUCAAACUCUUUGUUAGAGGAUGGAAUGGCAAGGCCUUUCCGUGCCAAGUGGCCCCCAGAGGGCGAUGCCGCUCCUAUCACUCAGACCCCUGAACUGCUUGAACUCAAGAGUCUGCGUCGGAGCACCUCCCUCAAAGAGCGCAUCCGUCCAUUCUCUGUGGCUGUCUGCAGAACCUCACCACCAGCUCCAGCUCCAGCUCCCAGGGAGCCCAGGCGUGUCUCAAGGGGCCUCCUAGAGAGGAGCGCCUCGCUGAGGCAAGACGGCACCUCCAAGAGGCUCCAAGUCUGGCAAUCGAAGACUGAGAAGCCCAAGGAGGAACACGACCAUGUCAAUGGAGGAGGCUGCUUGGAGGAGCAGAAGAGAGGAGCGGAGGAGAAAGGAAAACGCAUCCCUCAGGCAUUGGAUGGAGAGCCUCAGAAACGGGAACCGCAGAAGGAGGAGCUAGAGAAGAACGCUCCUGAGGAGCAGUUGAAUUACAAAAAGAACUCUGAUGUCCAGGAGUGUCCGUCUCCCCCCUCAGAGAGCCAGCGCAGUCACACCUCCCAGGACGUUGGCUUCUGGGACGGAGAGGAAGUAGAGGAGAACACGGAGGUGUCAGUGGAGGAGCAUAUCAAGAGGAACCGUCACUAUGAUGAUGAUGAUGAUGAUGAUGAUGACGAAGAUGAAGAAAAUCUGGUCUGAAGAUACGGUGAGGGGAUAAGAUUCCAGUAUUCAAGUAGAAUGACCGCUAAAUAAUUUUCAGUGAAAUUUAUUCUCUUUUUAACUUGCGCUGUUUGUUCAGAUUUCUUGUGGGUGAUUGAAGAGGCAAAUUUGUGGCUCCUGCACAACUGGGAGCAGCUGAUAGAUUGUAUUUGUGUUGCUACCUUAUUCAUGUCUGCCUUUUGAAGAGAUUUGGCCGGUUUAUUUAGUUUGAAUGAGUUGUGUGGUUGCAACCCUUUAAAAAUAAAAAAAUAGCUUACCUUAAAAAAAAAAAAAAAA